CGCAGGUACAGGCGGCCCUGGACGGGCGCGGCGCAGUGCGGCGGGAGGAUGAGGUGGUGUGGGUUGCAGCUGCUGCUCUUGUUCGCGGCGGGCGCCGCCGUGUCUAGCGCAGUGAGAAACACUACAAAAGGAAGAAGUUUCAUUGGUCAUAAAGUUGAAACUACAAAUAAUGCCUCUGAAAAAUCCUAUGUUGUGAAUGACUUUGCAACAGAAGUCCUCACAGGAAAUCUGACUACAGUUUUCCUUCCUAUAAUCUAUAUAGCUGUGUUCAUCAUUGGCUUACCGAGCAAUGCCAUGGCACUGUGGGUCUUCUUCUUCAGAACAAACAAGAAACACCCAGCUGUGAUUUAUAUGGCAAACCUGGCACUGGCAGAUCUUCUGUUUGUUAUCUGGUUCCCUCUGAAGAUCGCAUACCAUAUAAAUGGCAACAACUGGAUCUAUGGUGAAAGACUCUGCAAAGUACUAGUUGGAUUUUUUUAUGGAAAUAUGUACUGUUCCAUUCUUUUUAUGACAUGUCUCAGCGUACAGAGAUACUGGGUCAUAGUGAAUCCUAUACUGCGCUCUAGGAAGAAGUCUGAAUUUGCACUGGGAAUUUCAGCUGCCAUAUGGAUCCUGGUUUUGCUGAGCACUGUUCCGUUGUAUGUUGUUGAUCAAACAGCAUAUAUUUCAAAUCUUAAUAUCACUACCUGUCACGAUGUGCUGCCAGAGAAUGUUCUGGCUCAUGACAUGUUUAAUUAUUUCCUUUCUCUAGCAAUUGGAGUCUUCUUGUUCCCUGCCCUUCUCACUGCUGUUGCUUACAUACUGAUGAUUAAGACUCUGAAUGCUUCCAUCACUGAUGUAAAUGCAGGGAAGAAGCGAAAAAGAGCCAUCAAGCUCAUAAUUACAGUACUAUCAAUGUAUUUGAUCUGUUUUACACCUAGUAAUGUUCUUCUUGUAGUGCACUACUUUAUGAUCAAAACCCAUGGCCAGAGCAAUGUCUAUGCAGCAUAUAUAACAGCACUUUGUCUUUCUACUUUAAACAGUUGUAUUGAUCCAUUCAUCUACUACUUUAUUUCAAAAGACUUCAGGGAUAACCUUAAAAAUGCUCUUCUCUGCAGAAGUGUGCGAACUACAAAGAGGAUGCAAGUCUCUCUCUCAUCAAGUAGAUAUCCCAAGAAAUCCAGUUCUUACUCUUCCAGCUCCAACACCACUAAGACAACGUAUUGAGUCUUUCUAGUUCUAGAAGAGUGGAUGUUUUAUUAUGAGACUCUUGGGUAUAGCAAGAAAUGUUUUUGCAAGGGAGUCUGAAGAAACCAUUUGCUGUUUGAUUCACACUGAAGCCUGAAUUUCAGAACUGGCAACUAUUUGCACCUCUGUGGACCUUGAAGUAGGAAUAUUGCCAGGCUUGUGUCAAAUGGAAGAACCGGCAAAGUUUCAUCUACUGUAAAAACAAAACAAACUCCCACCUCCCACACAACCACUAGUCAGUGGUUAUAUAUGAAGAUGGCUUUUUUUCCCUUCUAAAAACCUGACUUUUUUUUUUUAAUAGUUUAACUGCAGAAUGUUUUGAUGCCUUUUUAUAACUUUUUAAAUAUUUAAUUCUUAGUUGUUUUAUUACUUUUUUAUUAUACUAAAACAGUAGCAUUAUAGACACAGGAUAAGCAGUAUGCUUCCUUAGGGCCCCGCCUCUCUAUAUGUAAUUCCAUUGAUUUUAAUGGGAAGUUAUUGGGAGGAAAUAGAUCCUGCCCUCCAAGACAUCCAUCCAUUUGUUAUUCUUGGUAGAACUUAAUCUUACAUUGUCUACAAAACCUUCCAGUUGUGUUGCAACUAUUGAAACUGUGGCAGCCUGAUAACAUGAUGCCAUUUGAGCUGAUAAUAGUUGGUUGUCAGCUGCGCUGAGAUAAUUCUAGGUAGUUUUUCUAUGGGAAUACACACUAGGGCACACAAUCACAUAAUGCAUGGCCAGUAUGCAGAAUCAAAUGGCUUCUGUGCUAUAUAACAACAGAAUUGUGCUGUUUUAUUUCUACACAACUUUCCUUGUAUUUUUAAAUACAUCUAAUUAAGACACUUUUUGUAACA